AUGAGUAGGACUCAAUGGGAGUCUUUGAUUUGUAUGUUGAUGGCUGGUGUGGAGGAUAAGAUGAAUGUUUAUAAAGUGAAUCUGAAUCAGAUUAGUAAGAGGAUUAAGUUUUUAGGUGUUAGGUUUAGUGAUUUCAAUUUUACGGUUGAGUAUUCUUCGAUCGGUUUACUUGGUGCAACAGGGUUAGGUUCUUCGACAUUCGCCGAAAAGAUAUUCUUAUAUUCAAUACUGGUCACUGGUAGGUUCCAUCUAAGCUUUUCUACAUGGGUUGUUAUUUCCAGGACUUUUGAGCCAUCUCACUGGCGGGAUCAGACACGUAGGACUUGCAAUGUAACUCAGUACCAGAGUUGCGAAUCGCGGCGCACCGGAGCGGUGCAGCACCCACUUGCGCAAUUCAUUGGGUGCGGUCGCGGAGAUCGCGAAACUGGGUCGCGGAUCGUGGGUUCUUCCCGGGCGGAACGGUUUUGA